AUGUAUAAUUUAAUUGCUAUUUUCUUUAUUGUUGUCACCAUUUGUUUUUUAUUAUAUAAUAAAAUCAAAAAUAAUAAUAAUAAUAAUAAUAAUAAUAAUAAUAAUAAUAAUAAUUAUAAUUAUAAUUAUAAUAACAAUAAUAAUAAUAACCAACAACAACAGCAACAUCAACAUUAUCAACAACAAUCUCCACCACAACAAUAUCAACAACAUUACCAACCAUAUGGAGAUUUCAACUAUUAUCAGGAACCAACUCAUCAUUAUCAAUCUCCACCACAACAAACACAACAUUACCAACCAAAUGGAGAUUUCAACUAUUAUCAGGACCCAACUCUUCAAUACCAAUCUUCACCACAACAAACACAACCACCAAUGAACACAUUCCAUAGUCAAUACCAUCAACCAAAUCAUCAAUACCAAUCUCCACCAAUGCCAGCACAAACACCAAUGAAUCCAUACAACAGUUUUAAUAGAAAAUCAAAGAGAUCAUUGGAAGCUGGUGAAAAAGAUAUGGAAUCCAAUAAAAAAUUUAAAUUUGAUGAUAAAGAUAAUUUAAAUAAAUCUUAUGGAAUUUCAAAGAGAUCAUUGGAAGCUGGUGAAAAAGAUGAAAAUUCCAAAAAGAAAUUUAAAUAUGGAGAAAUAUCAAAUAAAUUUAAUGAAUUUUCUAAGAGACCAUUGGAAUUAUUAUAUAAUUCUACUUUUGCAGUAUGUGCAUCACUUAGUGUAGGUUCCUUUCAAUUAGUUUUAAAUAAUACCGGUUUAUCUCUCUUAGUAGAUGGAGAUUCAUUAUGGUAUCAAUAUAACUUUCAAUUUACAUGA